UCGGGGAGCGCGAGCCUCGCCAGCCGCCGCCGCCUCUGACCGCCCGCUCGCCCGCCCGCCCGCCACAUCUAGCGUCCUCCGCGAUGUCGGCUAAUGCUGCUGUCCCACCCGCGGCUGCCGGAGGAGAGGCCGGGGGUCCCCCCGCUCCCCCGCCCAACCUCACCAGUAACCGGAGGCUCCAGCAAACCCAGGCUCAAGUGGAUGAGGUGGUGGAUAUCAUGCGAGUGAACGUCGAUAAGGUCCUAGAGAGAGAUCAGAAGCUUUCGGAGCUGGACGACCGUGCCGAUGCUCUUCAAGCCGGAGCGUCUCAAUUCGAAACCAGCGCCGCCAAGCUUAAGCGCAAAUACUGGUGGAAGAACUUAAAGAUGAUGAUAAUUCUGGGGGUGAUAUGCGCCAUUAUCUUGAUCAUCAUCAUUGUUUACUUCAGUACUUAGUGGAAAUUCUCCGAGACGUUUCCCCAACCAGGAGCAGCGGCCGGGAGGGGCGCACGGGGCCCAGUCUUCCAGCGCCAACUUCCCCUCCAUACCCCCCCCCCCCCCCCCCCCCCCCCCCCCCCCCCAUCCCAUCCCUCCCCCCCUUCCCUGCGUGUGUGUGUGAGCGUGGCGUUGCGUUGCGUGUGGGUGUCUUGUAAAUAGCCCGAUUUGUUAUUUAUACAUAUACAUAUAUACAUAUAUAUAUACAUAAAAUAUAUAUAUAUAUUAUAUUAUAUUAUAUUUUGUCUGUUUGUAGAUUUCUAUCUAGACUUUCUAUGUGUCGCUCCCCGUGGUUUUUUUUCAGUGUCUUGAUUUUUAACGACAAACCUUCGCAAAGGACCAAGGCCCGCCUGCCCCGAUUCUCGCCUCCGUGGUCCCCCCCCUUUCCCCAAUUCGGUGGGCUCCCGACCCUCAUUUCCCCCCCCCUUCCCCGACGGAGCAAUUCCUAGUUGCCACACGGAUCAAGCCCGAUCUUGGAAUUGUAUCCCCUCCGUUCUCUUCUCCCAAAUAUCUAGAAUCUGAUGAUCCCGGCUCGUUGGGAAGAUCCGGGAGAAUUCGGAGUCGUUCCCUCGUUUAGUCUUCUCGGCCAUGCUGCUAGUCCUCAGUGUCUUGGCCACCUCUCCUCCCAUCCCCGGACCUGGUGAUCUCCUCUUAACUUAUUUUAUUUAUUAACCUAUUCGACUCGUACUGCCAGUUUUCUCUCCCUUAAGUGUCUGCGGGAAACUCGCCUGGCGUUGUGGGAGGAGUUAUACGCCUCCUUUCCGAGGGUCGGUCCCGGGUGGGAAUCCUCCCGCCGGCCCGUGGCGUUCUCCUCCCUCACCGCUUCCUCCGAACCACGGGCGACUUGACUGCCAUUUACUUCCCGUGUGUAGAAACCACUGUUGUUGUUGUUUUAGCUGUGAACAACGUCGACGCAACACGGUUGCGAUUCUUGACAUUCCACACUCUUCUUCUCUAAAAGCGAGUUUCCCCCUCUUAGGACCUGUGCGUUUUUCGUUUUUCUUGCGAUCACUGCCUACCUUAACCCUGUUUUAAGGAGUUGUGUGUGCUUGUGGGUGCAUGCCUUGGGUGUGUGUAUGUGCGACUACGGUAAAAAAGAGCAACGCAGGAGGAAGAGGAAGAGAGGUGGCUCCACUUCCAGCUUGGUCUCCUUUUUCGAAAGACGCAAAGGUUAUUCCCCCCCCCCCCGCGGAAUUUAACCAAAAACCAGCAGAUCUGAUGGUCGUAAACCGGGGCGAGGCGGAGAGGCCUUGUUCCCCGGGGAGUAAAGAUUAGACCCUUCCUUGACCUGAUCCUGUGAACGAAACAAGGGCCGUCCUGUGUUUCUAAUCCUGUGGUGAAGUUAUAAUUUAUUGUUAGAAAUUAAUUUAUAUUUUUUUUUGUCGGCGCUUUCUUGUUUCCGCCACGGGGCCUGGUUAAACCAAGGGGUGGUUUAAAGCAGGAAAGGGAGAAGGAGACAGCUGGGUAUGAAUGGCUGUGGAUAAAAGAGACACCCCCCUCCUCCUCCUCCUCCUCUUUGUGCAACCUCUCUCUUCCCCCCCCACCCCCCCUUGUUGGCCCUGUCCUCGAAGCCUGGCCACAAUUCAGCUUUUGCAAACUGUUGUAGUUGUGAUUAAUCGUGAUGAGUGACCACAAACCGACCCACCCCCGUUUCAGCACAAACUGCCAUGUUUCUGGGCCUGUUUAUAAUGUUGGCUAUGUGUGAGGUUUUUUUAACAAGUAUUUUUUGGGGGGUACACCCACCCACCCACCCACCCCCGGCCUUUCCUCUCCUCUCCCCUUCCUUCUCCAAGAGGAGGAAAACAGCUGUAUCCUGUCCGUCACACAAUUGCUCCCUGGGGGGACAAGGAAAUCUUCUUUUUUUUUUUCGACGAGGAAGAAGGAAGAGAGAGAGAGAGAAAAAAACGACGUCGGCAAAAAGUUGGAAGGGGGGGCAAAGCACGGAUGGCGGGGGGGGGAGAUCUUGGCAGGAGAACCCUCCGGUCCAGAUGCCCUGCUGGAGGGGAAGAAAAGAAAAAACCCACAUGGAUUUUGGGGGGCGUGGGAGGUAAGGGGGGGAGAUGGACUGGAAAAAGAUCAGGAAACGGGGCAGAAGUGAGAAGUUUGGGAAAGUCUCCAAGUUCCCUAGUUUGGAGGGACGACGGCGCGAGGAGACCUUGGAUGGUUGAGCACGUGGUCUUCACUUCCAUCCUCUCCUCCUCAAGAUGGCCUGGAGUGGGGGGGUGGGGGUUUCGAUCUGGGGAGGGGGGAAUACCCUGAGAAAUGGAGCCACAGGGAUAGAACAGGGAGGCCCCUUGAUGCAUUGUCUUCCAUAUAUAGUCUAGCACAGGGGUCGGCAACCUUAAACACAGAGCCAUUUGGAUCCGUUUCCCACAGAAAAGAAAACACCGGGAGCCACAAAACCUACCGGAAAAGCUCAAUAAAUCGCGUGCCAGCGGGCGUCGCGCAUUGGCGGUUGUGACACAUAUUUUGAGCGAGGAGAGGGAUGAAGGAGCCACAUGCGGCUCCCGAGCCGCGGGUUGCCGACUCCUGCUCUAGGAGAAGAGCCGUCUAUGGUAGGAGGGUCCCGGAGCCCCUUCUCAAACCCAACGUUUUGAUUCAAAGGCAGAUUAAAGGAGUUCUUUUUUUGUGGAGGGGCGUUAAUGAUAUUGGGGGGGGGGGGGGGGGGAGGUGGGUUAUAGCGACGCACGCUGGAGAUUGUGUGAGUCAAAUCGGCAAUUGUGUGAUGCAUUGAAGAUUUGUGUGGGCGAGCCGCCUUCGACACCCCGCAACCUUUUGUGGGGUGUUGCCGUCCUUUGUGCUGAAAAAGAAACCUUGGAAGCUGCCUUUUUAAUUAAAAAAAAAAAAACAACAACAAAAAAACGAUUUAAUCUGAAAAAGGGGCUUCCGAGAUCCUCGUAUAUAGAUAGUGUAAUAGAUAAAAGUCACUUUUUAAGACCCGUGGGAACGUCAACUCCCAGAAUUCCCCAGCCCGCGAGUUCCCGAACGCCAUCUUGCAGAGCUGGCCGCAGAGAAUUCUGGGAGUUGAAGUUCCCACUCGUCUUUUUUUUAAGUGGUUGAGAAAAUAUUGGAAUAGAGAAUGGUAUAUAGGGUUUUUUUGGGGGGGGGGGGGGGGGGGGGGGGGGGGGAAAGAGAAGGGGCUGCCCAUCUCCCAGUUGGCCAGCAGGGGUCGCUGUGGACGUGUUAAACUUGCCCAAAGAGGAAUUAAAAAGAGAAUUAAAGAGGAAUAAAAUGGAUUCCAGCCCAAAGGGAGACAAGACACAGGUGUGGGAAGUUUUCCUUGAGUUUAAACUGCCCAGGGAAAAUAUAUAUAUAUAUGUGGGGAUAAGAUCCAAUCUGGGAUACAAGCCGGGGUUUGAUGAUGCUGUGAAAAAGAAAAGAAAAAAAAAACAAUAACAAUUGAUUAUUUGGAGAUAAAAAUAAAAACCUACAAAUAAAUAAAUGUCCUGUGUGGAGAAUGGCC